ACAACGAUCAAUGGAAGUUGUAUAUUAACAGUGACAACGGCCGUCCCAAUCAACACUGAAGACAGGAAGUCCAAACUGCUACACAGCAGCAAGCUCGCUCCCCUCUUUGUAAACCUCAGCUAGGAUUAGCAGGACCUCCAAGCGCAGUGAGAAGGGACAGCAGACCAACAGCGGAACAGAAAAGACAGGGAAAGUGACCACGCGGACUGACCCAGAGAAAGAGAAAGAGAGGGACUGGGAAAGAAACAAGAGAAUAGGCAGGUGAAGAGUGAUGGACUCUCCCCUCCUCGUUGUGCUCCUGCUCUGCCUCGCCAGCCCAGGACGAACAGAAGAUGCAUCCCUGCACCCCGAGACCACCGGGGAGCACCCCGAACACACCCCCAUGAUCCCCCUGCAACCGAGCACCAGCAUAGAGCUGCACAGUACAUCAGAGGCUCCUAGUACCAACCCCAGUCCCACAGACCCCGCUGCCCCCCCGGGUAUUGGCCCCACAGCGGACCUGCCGGAGGAUCUGUACCCUCAGACGACCCCCACGACUCCCCCCCUCACCUCCACCACCACGACCAUUGAAACCAGCGUCCCCUCCCACACACCCGCCCCGUCCAGGGAGCCCCACUCUGAGGAGGCUCAGGGAGGGGGGUCUUCGGAGGAGGAGGAGGUGGGAGGGGAGUGCAGUGGGGCCGCGCUCAGCCCUGACACCACGCGGGCGCUAGGGAGCGCCAUGAUGAAGUUCGGCAUGGAGGUGCUGGAGACCCUAGAGAGCAAAUCGAAGAAGCCCAACAUCCUCCUGUCACCCCUCAGUGUGGUGCUGGGGCUGUCUCAGCUCUCCCUGGGGGCUGUGAACGAGACGGAGGCCAUGCUGAGGAGCCGGCUGCACGUGUCCGAGCUGCCCUGCCACCAUCACCUCUUCAAGCAGCUUCGUCAGCACCUGAGCCAGAGCGCCCUGCAAGUGGCAACACGGGUUUACCUGAAGAAAGGGUUCAAGGUGAAGGAGGGCUUCAUGAAAGACUCUCUCCAGUUCUACGGCUCGAAGCCGGCACUGCUGGAGGGAGUAGAUGAGGUGAACCACUGGGUGGAGGAGGCCACGAACGGGAGGAUCAAGGACUUCCUGUCCUCCCUGUCAGAAGACGUGGUUCUGUUGCUGCUCAACGCUGUGCACUUCAAGGGCCUGUGGCAGACCCGCUUCGACCCUCGCUUCACCUCCUCCGAUGUGUUUUACCUGGACCAGCAGAGCAGCAUCUCUGUGGACAUGAUGCAGGAGCCCAAGUAUCCGCUCAGCCUCUUCAUGGAUGAUAAACUGGAGGUGCAGGUGGCACGCUUCCCGUUCAAGGGGAACAUGAGUCUGGUGGUGGUGCUGCCGUUUUCGGGCGAGGUGAACGUCUCUGCCCUGGCUCGCUCUCUCAACGUGGAGCAGCUGUACCGCCACUUCCCGAAGGAGCGCCCCAUCCAGGUGUCCAUGCCCAAACUGAAUGUGGAAUACAGCCAGGACCUGACUGACACUCUCACCAGCAUGGGUAUGGGGGAGCUGUUCUCCAAUCCGAACCUGCAGCGCAUCUCCUCCGACCCCCUGUCUGUGUCCAGCGUGCAUCACAAGUCUUCUCUGGAGCUGAAGGAGGAGGGAGCCGAGGCUGCAGCUGCUACCUCCAUCGCUAUCUCCCGCUCCAUGGCCCGCUUCGACGUCAACAAGCCCUUCUUCUUCGUGCUGCUGGACGACGAGUCCCACGUCCCCGUCUUCCUGGGCAUCAUCAGGAACCCCAGAGCGGAGACGCUGAGCAAGGAGGACAAGUCCCCCAAGAUGUUCAUGAAGGAGAAGGCACCCAAAUAAGCACUAGAGCCCACCGUGGUAACGGCACAUCUCCACCUCCACGCCUGAAGAGGGCGUUAGAGAACACAUGUAGACCCCCCUGGGGAUUCCUGUACACCGAUAGGGAUUUUUAGUUUUUUGUUAAACAGCUCUAGAAUUUGAUUCUGUUGCGUCUCUUUUUUUUUUCAAACAGAGAGUCUCUUGUAAUUGCAGCACAGUGAACCCGUUCAACAUAGUGACUUGAUUGGUAUGGUAAAGGAAUACGGUUCAAAAUGAAAUCUACUUUUAAAAGAAAAAGAAAAGCCAGGGAAGCUGCUGUAAAGUUUUUAUACCAAUUUCAUCCCGACACAAUCCCUUGCAAACAGAAUCACAAGUGCCAUGUACCUUUCAGGGUCUCGCUCUCUUAUUUUUUGCGUCAUUUUCAUAAAUGUUGAUUUUAAAAAAAAUGAUUUAUGUUUUUCAAUAAACACAAAGUGAAUUGAAGGCUGA